AUGACCAGCCAGUCUCAGGGGAUUCAACAGCUCCUGCAGGCAGAGAAAAGGGCCAAGGACAAGCUAGAGGAAGCAAAGAAGAGUAAGUCUCACCUAGGAGGGGUUGGAAAGCGGCUGAAGCAAGCUAAGGAAGAAGCUGUGGCCGAGACUGACCAGUACCGAAUGCAGAGAGAGAAGGAGCUGCACGUGAAGCAAUCGAAGAUAAUGGGCUCUCAGAGCCACCUCUCAGAAGAAAUCGAAGAACAAACAGUGGAAAAGAUAAAAGAAUUGAAUGGAAGCUACAACAGGUGUAUGGAGAGUGUGCUUAAGCAGCUGCUGAGCAUGGUGUGUGAGCUGAAACCAGAAGUGCAUGUGAACUACAGAGCCACCAACUGA